UUUGUCCGACAUCUUAGCGAGGCGGCAGUGGUCGCAGUUGCUCUCCGACCUUCGCUAUGCCGCCCAAGGACGACAAGAAGAAAGAUGCCGGAAAGUCGGCCAAGAAAGACAAAGAUCCAGUGAACAAAUCUGGGGACAAGGCCAAAAAGAAGAAGUGGUCCAAAGGCAAAGUUCGGGACAAGCUCAAUAACCUAGUCUUGUUUAACAGAGCAACAUAUGACAAACUCUUUAAAGAAGUUCCCAACUAUAAGCUUAUAACUCCAGCUGUCAUCUCUGAGAGGCUGAAGAUUCGUGGUUCCCUGGCCAGAGCAGCCCUUCAGGAACUCCUUAGUAAAGGACUUAUUAAACUGGUUUCAAAGCACAGAGCUCAAGUGAUUUACACCAGAAACACCAAGGGUGGAGAUGCCCCAGCUGCUGGUGAAGAUGCAUGAACAGGUCCCACCAGCUGUACAUUUUGAAAAAU